UUUUAUAUUUUCAUGCCAUUUCAUUCCCUCAUAAAUCUUCAUAAAAUUUUUCUCUUAGCUUCAUUAUGAGUUUGUUUAGAGCCUUGUAGUUUUGGACUUUAUCAGAAAAUCGAUACACAUUACUAUUAUACCUAAGGCAAAUGAAGGCCAUGAGAUGUUUCUCCUGCUCCUCAUUCUCCCGUGGAGACAAAAGCAAUGACAUCAUGACUACAAAGUCUACACCGAUUCAUUCCUCUCCUUUGAUAUCCAUUGGUCAAGAUGAGGGUAAACCAAGCUCUGAAUUUACGUCGCAUGAUUCCUCUGAUGUCAGCACUGAUUCCUCCACAAAGACUUCUUUCACAAGUUUGACUCAAAGACCAAGUCGUAAUAGUAAUAAUAAUCUUAGAGAGUUUACAUUUGCUGAACUCAAAACUGUCACAAGGAAUUUCAGUCGUGCCCUUGUGAUAGGUGAAGGUGGUUUUGGAUGCGUUUAUCGUGCCAUGAUAAAAUUUAUAGACGGUUCAAGUAAAAAGAUAGAUGUUGCUGUCAAACAACUUGGCAGAAGGGGAUUGCAGGGCCACAAGGAAUGGAUUACAGAAGUGAAUGUUCUCGGGUUUGUUGACCACCCAAACCUCGUCAAACUAGUGGGCUAUUGUGCUGAAGAUGAUGAAAGAGGGAUCCAGCGGCUUCUUGUGUAUGAAUAUAUGCAAAACAAGAGUGUCCAAGAUCAUUUAUCUAGUAGAGUUCAAACCCCUCUUCCAUGGUCUACCCGACUAAAAAUUGCACAAGAUGCUGCCCGGGGGUUAGCUUAUCUCCAUGAAGAAAUGGAAUUUCAGAUAAUCUUUAGAGACUUCAAAUCUUCAAAUAUACUCUUGGACGAAAAUUGGAACGCAAAGCUUUCAGAUUUCGGAUUGGCUAGGCUUGGACCUUUGGAUGGGCUGAGCCAUGUGUCAACAGCAGUAGUAGGAACCGUUGGAUAUGCAGCUCCAGAGUACAUUCAAACAGGACGUCUCACAUACAAGAGUGAUGUUUGGAGUUUUGGAGUCUUUUUAUACGAACUAAUCACUGGUAGAAGGCCAUUGGAUCUCAACAAGCCAAAGAAUGAGCAAAAGCUAUUGGAUUGGGUUAGACCACACAUCUCUUCCGACUUAAGAAAAUUUCAACUAAUUUUGGACCCGAGGCUUGAAGGGAACUAUUCCCUCAAGUCUGCACAAAAGCUAGCCGCGGUAGCUAACAAGUGCUUGCUUAAACAACCAAGAAUGCGACCUAGAAUGAGCCAAGUGUUGGAUAUGUUGGAUCAAAUCGUGAAAGCAGAUAUGGUGAGCCCAGAUAAACCAUUGCAACCAUUUAAGACCGGAAUGACUCCCAACGAUGACCCUUGUGAGAGUUCGAUGAGGGAAGGCUUAAAGAGAAGGCUUGUUGAUCCUAUAAUUGGAGAAAACAAAUGGUUUGCUUGUUUGACAUCAAGUCCUACACUUGUAAGAACUAAUUAAGUACAUUUGAAAGGAGUGCUUUUACAUCACCUAUGUAACUUCUACUACCUAAGAUAACAUUAUUGUUGUUAAACUUUCACACAA